AUGGCAUCUAUUAGAAGAACCUUGUCUCCAGUGCCUCGAGCUGGAACUGUAGCAAAUUUAGAAGUCUGUUCAGUAGCUUCUCCCUUGUCUAAGUCCUCAUCAAGUCCUCAGAAUUUUCCCCCAUCUUCUGGAUUGUUAACUUCUUCAGUUAGCUCAUUAUACUCCUGUGCUUUUGUGCUUGGCAUUUUCUCCACAAGAUCUUUGAGGACUCUUGAUAGAUCAAAGCCGAACGGCCAGCUUUGGAGGAAGGUGCUUUUCCAUUUUUUCAUUUGUUUCAUGGUUGGUGUUUCUAUUGGACUCAUCCCGCUUGCAUCAACGAAUUUGUCCAUGAAUCUCAUGCCAAAGCAUCAAGUCUUCUCUUUUGAGGUGAUAUCUGCAGUUGGAAAUUUCCAGCCAGUUGAAAAUGUGAAUAUAAAUGUGACACCACCAAUCGAUGAGGCCGUGAAGUUUAAUGUUACUUUGAAUUCAGCAGUGAAAAAACAGGAACUGAUAGAUGGGGUGGCAUAUAAUAUCUCUGAUAGCCAAUUCAGUGAAGGUCCAUCUCAGAAGCUGCUCAUUAUUGUGACCCCGACAUACAAUCAUUUAUUUCAAUCAUAUUACUUGCAUCGCUUGUCACAAACUUUCAAAUUGGUCCCACCUCCUUUGUUGUGGAUUGUUGUUGAAAUGACUUCCCAAUCUGAAGAAACUGUUGACAUCUUGAGGAAUAGUGGGAUAAUGUACAGGCAUCUCAUUUGCAAAACGAAUCUAACCAACACAAGCCAUAGGAGCAUUCUUCAGAGAAAUGUUGCAAUAGCUCAUAUUGAAACUCAUCGCCUUGAUGGAAUUGUCUACUUUGCAGAUGAUGAUAACAUCUACUCAGUGGAGCUCUUUAAGCAAAUGAGAGAAAUAAGGCGAUUUGGAACGUGGACUGUAGCAAGACUAUCAGGGGAUAAAAGUGGCAUUGUCUUGCAAGGGCCCAUUUGUAAUGGAAGUCGAGUAAUUGGAUGGCACAUAAACGAAUCAAAUGCGAAAUCUAGAAGAUUUCAUGCUGAAAUGCCAGGUUUUGCCUUCAAUAGUACGAUACUCUGGGAUCCAAAGAAGUGGCACCGACCCACUCUUGAACCUAUCAGGCAGCUUGACUCAGUAAAGGAAAGUUUGUGGGUUAGCACAUUGAUUGAGCAGGUUGUUGAAGAUGAGAGCCAAAUGGAAGGCUUAAUGAACAACUGCUCGAGAGUUUUGGUUUGGCAUAUUGGUCUUGAAUCAACCUAUUCCUUCUAUCCUCAGAAGUGGAUUAUAAAGAACAACCUAGAUGUCAUUCUUCAUCUUCCACUUGGGUGAAAUUCUUGAUAAUGAAGUUGUA